AGACCAAGUCUUCCCUAUCAUUACGAACAUUAUUAUUACAUAAUGUGUCCAAAACAACAGCUUAUUUUUAUUGUGUAAAUUUGGAUGAUGAAUAUGUUGACAUUCCUCUAUGUUAUACAUCUUCAGUUGUAAAUCUAUCGAUCUAAUCAGUUUGUGGCAGAGCUUCAGUGCGUCGUGUAAACUAAUUAAUGAUGGCGUCUACAAGUUGGAGUCAAACUCCAUCUAGUUCUGUUUCAACAUCAAAUUCCCCUAGGUGGGACGCUUUCUUGAACUUUAGAGGUUUAGAUACCCGGUAUUCAUUUACUGGUCAUCUAUAUGGUGCCCUAACGCGCGCUGGUAUUCAUACGUUUAUUGAUGAGCAUGAGCUCCAUGGCGGAGACAGACUUUCACGCGCAUUACCCCAAGCUAUUAGGGAAUCUAAAAGUUAUAUUGUUGUGUUCUCGGAGAAUUAUGCUUCUUCGGUCUGGUGCCUGGAUGAGCUGGUGGAGAUCCUGGAUCGGCAAAAAACAUUUGGCAGAAUUGUGAUUCCUGUGUUUUUCAAGAUUGAACCGUGUGUUGUCCGGUACCAAGAAGGAAGGUUUCAAGAAGAUUUCCGAGAUCAUGAAAUUUAUUUUGCGGAUGAUCCGGACAAAGUGGGAAAAUGGCGACGAACAUUGAGCGAGGUUGCCGACUGUAAGGGGAUACAAAUUUCAGCAAAAAGGUCAGAAGCUGAGAGCGUGACUGAAAUUGUUAAUCGGAUUCUAAGUGUAACUAAUCCUAGGAAAUUGUAUGUUGCCAAAUAUCCGGUUGGGUUGGAUUCUCAUGUUGAAGGAAUAACAGACAUAAUCAGUAGUAGUGGAGUGAGCGAAACAACUUCUCCCAGAAAGAUUGGUAUAUAUGGCAUGGGUGGAGUUGGUAAAUCAACUAUUGCCAAAGCUGUGUAUAACAGAAACUAUAGUCAUUUCCAAGGAAGCUGCUUCCUAGCAGAUGUUAGACUGGCUUUAAGAAAAGAGAAAGGCCUCAAACGCUUACAACAGCAACUCAUCCACGAUGUUCUUGAACGCCAGAACAUUAUCAUGGACAAUGUCGACCGGCGAAUCGAGUUCGUCAGAGCUAGAAUUUCUUCCACAAAAGUUCUGGUUGUUAUUGAUGACUUGAACGACUUGACACAACUAGAGUCUCUUGGUCUAGGAGGACCAUUUGCUUUGGGGAGCGUACUCAUAAUCACAACAAGAAAUGAAGACCUACUGGAUAAAAUCCAUGUGGAAGCCAAAUACAAGGUCAAUGAACUCGAUGAUGCUGCGUCGUAUCAACUCUUUACCAAACUUGCAUUCAAAGAUGAUAUGAUAAUAUCCGACACAUUUGCCGACUUGUCCAAAGAAAUUAUAGAAUGUGCAGGAGGGCUUCCAUUGGCUCUUGGAUAUAUGGGCUGGAGGUUGCUCAACCAGGAGGAGGACGGAUGGAGAUCUUACAUGUCCACACUGGAAAAAUCUUCCAUUAGUGAUGUUCAUGAAAAUAUUCAUGAUAAUCUUCUGAUUAGCUUUGAUGCAUUGGAAGCGCUUUAUCCCAAGACUAAUUUAUCGGAUAUGUUCCUAGACAUUGCUUGUUUUUUUGUAGGACUGGAGGAAGAAAAGGUUGUCAAGAUAAUGGAAACUUGUUAUGAGUUUGUCAAGCAUAAAAUUGGCCUUCUGAGGAAAACAUGUUUACUCACUACCAAUAGUGGAGAUAAGUUGGGAAUGCAUCGACUGCAUAUGGAUAUGGGAAGGGAAAUUGUGCGUAAAAUUUCUCCUCAUGAGCCCGGUAAACGUAGUAGAUUGUGGGUGUUGCAAGAUAUAUGCGAAGUAUUAAAAACAAACAAGGGAACAGAAGCAAUUGAAGGUAUCAUCCCUCACAACCUUUGCUACAAGGAUGCAUUAGAGGGAGUAUCAUUUGAUAUGGAAACAUUCAAAAGGAUGAGUAGAUUAAGAUUUCUCUACCUCGAUAAAGUAAGUCUUACCGGAUGUUUUGAACAGACAUUUGAAGUUUUGACGUUGCUUCAUUGGAAGUGUUUUCCUUUGGAGAGUUUACCUCCCGAAUUUCGCCCACAAAAUCUUGUUGUUCUUGAGUUGCCUCAUAGCAAAAUUAAAACAAUGUGGAUGCCAAACAUGGACACGCAGGUUUUUCAGAAGUUAAAAACUCUAAACAUGUCGCAUUCUCUAGAUUUAACCACAACUCCAGACUUCAAUCGAUUACAAUGUCUCGAAACGUUAAAUCUUGAGGGCUGUAAAAGGUUGGAAGAGGUCGACAAAUCAAUAGGGUGUUUGAAGGGGCUCGUCUCAUUAAAUAUGCGACAUUGUGUGAACCUCAAAAGUCUUCCUUCCGACAUUCGCAACUUGACAUCACUGAAAAAUUUUGAACUUGCAGAUUGUCAUCAACUAUUGUCCAUUACAGAUCUGCCACCUAACUUGAAAUGGUUAUGGGCAGGUCGUUGUGAAUCAGUGAAUAAAUUACCAAAUUUAUCUAAUUUGAAACAGUUGGAGAUAUUGGAACUUACAAAUUGCAGUGGUUUAACAACAAUUCAUGGCUUGGAGGAACUCACUUCUAUUCAAAGACUCCAUGUGGAAGGCUGCAAUUCAUCUCUUCUGGCAUCCAAUUUCACACAAGGUUUCUUUCAGAAAUACUCUGGAUUUGGGCAUCAAGUCAUGAUAUACACUGCUUCGACAGAGCUUCCAGAUUGGAUUAGUCCAAAUAAUCUUGGGUCAAAAGUGUCUAUAGAUUUGCCUUCACAUGUAUCACAAAAUUUCUUAGCGAUUAUCCUUUGCUUUAAACGCGACUUGGACAAUAAGUCAUAUAAAAUUGAUUAUUCUAUUGAGAAUACAACAAGUGGUGCUAUAUGGAGCCACAGCCACUACAGUCUUGAUAGCAAGGAAUCAUGGAUGGUUUUAGUACCAAGAUCAAUCUGCCCAGUUGAAAAUGGAAACAACAUAAUCGAAUUAAGAGCGACAAAUGCAGAUAUUCUCGGAUAUCAUCUACUGCACAGCACCACUGUUACCGUAGAAGAUGAAAGUAGCUGCCCCACUAAACGGCUGAUACAUUUGGAAAGUGAUGAAAAUAGCUGCCCUUCUAAACGUUUAAAGCAUUCGGAAAGUGAGAACUGAUGUUUCUCCCUCCGAGAGAAUGCGACGCAGUCACUUAUUUUGCAGGCUAUAGAAAGAGGUAACCUGGCCAGUCAGCCACUAACUCAACCAUCUAAUCGCAAGGAUCCAUAAAUGUGUUCCAACAAAGAGGACUCAAAACUGUAGAAAAUUUACAACCAGAUGAACUCUGUUCCUGUUGUAUCUCCCAACAAAGAGGACUCAAAACUUUGAUCGUGUUGUGUUUUUUCAUCACGAAAUAGGUUGGAAUUUAUCUGUUAUGCCGCAGUAGUGUACAGUUUAAUUAGUUCUUAUAUUACAGUUUUGCAAUUCUUAUAGGAAAAUGUUAUAUCCAGAGUAAUAUUUUUGUUUCCAGAGCAAUUUAAUUAUUUCUCCCCCUUGCAUCCA